AUGAUGUAUUUUGAUUCUAUAAAUAAGCGAUAAGCGAUGUUUUAAAUGAGGAAUAAGAUUAUCAAAAAUAUUGUAUAAAUGAAUUAAGUCUUAUACUUUUGUAAUAUACAAUAAAAAAGUUAAAGUAGGUCAAGAAAACCAUUAUGAGAUCUUUAUCUCAUGAAUUAAGAACUAGUUUAAAUACAGUUAAUGGCUAUAUAAGUGAAGCUUAUGAGAGAAUUUAUAAUAUAUAGGAACUUUAUAAAACUUUAGGAUUGUCACUAAAUAUAUUAAUUUAAUGUAGUUGA